AUGAGCGGUUCGCCCACCGUCUCCAACUCUCCUCCUCAAAACAUGUUGUCUGUCGCCACUCAAGACACCCAUCACUAUCACCCAAACCAACAUCACCAGGCAUAUUACGCUCACUAUCGUCCAAUGCCUCACCGCGAAGAUACCCCCGUCAUGAGCGUUGCCGUGGGCGGCUCCCCUGCUCCAGGCAAGAACUCCCAAGACGCUGCUGUUGCUCAGGCACUAGAGAUUGCUCGUGAGAGCCCAGAUGGCGCCUCAGACCCUACCGUCAGCAAGAUUCUCGAAAAUGCCUUGUCCCAGAUAUGGGGCAAAGUCCAAUCACAACCCAGCUCCUUUGUCAUGACGAGGGACGAAUUUGCCGUCUUCAACUUCUUCCAGCACCGAUUCAUUGGCGACAAGGACGCUAUUGCAGCCCGAAAACGAUAUUGGGAUAACUGCCGCGCCUAA